AUGUACGAAUUUCUCAAUCCCUCUGCCUGUCCACAGCCUCUCUCUCCCCAUUUGACACUGAAACAAUCCUCUUCGUGCAUUACGAUCAACUCGUACACCUUCCAUGACAACAAUGGCAAUGAUAAUGGCAAUGACCAUAACCCUACUACCCAUCUCACUUCGUCAGCCGUCAAUGGCAGCCCCUCUCGCGCCGCACAACUCCUCCGUCUCGGAUUGAGUUGCUCCCCUCCCUCUGCCACCAAUUGUAUUAAUCAGUGUCCGCCUUCUAGCAAUGCCCGCACGCGGGGCCAGUUCAAACCACAGCGCGCAAACAAAGGCACCACGAGCUAUCAGCUACGACAGUUCGCCGAGGCGACACUCGGAAGCGGGAGUCUGAGAAAAGCGGUCAAAUUGCCCGAGGGCGAGGAUCUGAAUGAGUGGCUCGCAGUCAAUGUGGUCGACUUCUACAACCAGAUCAAUUUACUUUACGGCUCCAUCACAGAGUUCUGCUCGCCGCAGUCAUGUCCAGAGAUGAAAGCUACCGAUGAGUUCGAAUACCUAUGGCAAGACGCAGCAACCGGAUACCCCAAACCCACCAAGAUGCCGGCCCCCGAGUACAUCGAACACCUAAUGACUUGGGUCCAAUCCAAUAUCGACAACGAGGCCACUUUCCCCUCGCGCAUCGGCGUCCCUUUCCCCAAACACUUUCCUUCCACCGUCCGCCAACUGUUCAAACGCCUGUACCGUGUCUACGCCCACAUCUAUUGCCACCAUUACCAAGUCAUUGUGCACUUGGGCCUCGAACCGCAUCUGAACACCAGUUUCAAACAUUAUGUCUUGUUCAUCGACGAGCAUGGCUUGGAGAAGGGCGGUGGCAAGGACUACUGGGGCCCUCUGGGUGAUUUGGUCGAUAGCAUGUUGAAGAGUGAUUGA